UUGUGUAACUUGGGAUACCCUUUUUGUGAAGAGAUAGGAGUGCUUAAAAGGACAUGAGCCUUUGGCCUCUCCGUCAUCUGCCAUAGUCGGUGAGAGCAACAUGAAGACGCUGCCGCUCCUUCUUCUGCUGGUGUUCGCCUGCGCAUCGACGAGUGGCUGGAGUAUCAUUUGCUCGCCAUGUGAUGAAGCAUCAUGCCCGCCACCGCCCGAUAAUUGCAAAUUCGGCCUUGUCAAGGAUGCAUGCAACUGUUGCUAUGUCUGCGGAAAGGGCCCUUUUGAGGACUGUGACCCGGAGAACAAGUGCGGGCCUGGCUAUUACUGCCGCCUGCACCCCGUCUCCUAUGGUAAUGGUGUCUGCAGGAAUAUUCCGUCAAAGUGGAAAUGACUCUUAGAACAAGGUUCCAUGCCCAUUAUUAUCGGAAUUGUAACGUCAAUGUCAGAAUUGUAAUUCUAUGUUAAUGAUCAAUAAACAUGCCAAAUAA